UGCUUCUAUCGGAGAAGAACGGUUAGAGAGAGCUGUAGCGCAGAAGGCCGCGGCAGAAGCUGUACGUGCUCGUUGCAAAAUGGCCACGUCCGAUUCCAAAGCGCCUCUGCGAACCGUAAAAAGAGUUCAAUUCGGCAUUCUUUCACCCGAUGAAAUACGUCGGAUGUCGGUCACAGAUGGCGGCAUUCGAUUUCCAGAAACUAUGGAAGGUGGCCGUCCAAAGCUUGGUGGACUUAUGGAUCCUAGACAAGGUGUCAUUGAUAGAAAUUCUAGAUGUCAGACAUGUGCUGGUAAUAUGACAGAAUGUCCAGGACACUUUGGUCAUAUAGAUUUAGCAAAACCAGUUUUUCAUGUUGGUUUCAUAACAAAGACAAUAAAAAUUUUGAGAUGUGUAUGUUUUUAUUGUUCAAAACUUCUUGUCAGUCCACACAAUCCAAAAAUCAAAGAAAUUGUUAUGAAAACUAAAGGUCAGCCACGAAAACGUCUUACUUUUGUUUAUGAUUUAUGUAAAAGUAAAAAUAUUUGUGAGGGUGGUGAUGAAAUGGAUAUUAACAAAGAGAAUCAAGAACAACAAUCUGCAGAGAGAAAACCUGGACAUGGUGGAUGUGGUAGAUAUCAACCAAAUCUUCGGAGAUCUGGAUUAGAUGUUACUGCAGAAUGGACACACGUAAAUGAAGAUUCACAGGAAAAAAAGAUGGCACUCACUGCAGAAAGAGCUUGGGAAAUUUUAAAGCACAUUACAGAUGAAGAAUCAUUUAUCCUUGGCAUGGAUCCGAAAUUUGCACGGCCAGAUUGGAUGGUAGUAACUGUUUUGCCUGUUCCACCUCUAUCGGUCAGACCAGCAGUUAUUAUGUAUGGUUCUGCCAAGAAUCAAGAUGACUUAACACAUAAGCUUGCUGAUAUUAUAAAAGCAAAUAAUGAAUUAAUCAGAAAUGAGCAAGCGGGAGCAGCAGCACAUGUGAUAUCAGAAAAUAUAAAAAUGUUACAAUUUCAUGUAGCAACGUUAGUUGAUAACGAUAUGCCUGGCAUGCCACGAGCUAUGCAGAAAUCAGGCAAACCUCUAAAAGCUAUAAAAGCGAGAUUGAAAGGGAAGGAAGGGAGAAUAAGAGGAAACUUGAUGGGUAAACGUGUUGACUUUUCUGCUCGGACUGUUAUUACUCCUGAUCCAAAUUUGCGAAUUGAUCAGGUCGGUGUACCUCGGAGUAUUGCUCAGAAUUUAACAUUCCCCGAAAUUGUCACACCUUUUAAUAUCGAUAAAAUGCAAGAACUCGUUAGACGUGGAAACUCACAAUAUCCAGGUGCUAAGUAUAUCGUCAGAGAUAACGGGGAAAGAAUCGAUUUAAGGUUCCACCCGAAACCAUCCGAUUUACAUCUACAAUGCGGGUACAGAGUGGAACGUCACAUUCGGGAUGGUGACCUAGUAAUUUUCAAUCGGCAACCAACACUACACAAGAUGAGUAUGAUGGGUCAUAGGGUAAAAGUGUUGCCAUGGAGUACAUUCCGUAUGAAUCUUAGUUGCACGUCUCCUUAUAAUGCCGAUUUUGACGGCGACGAGAUGAAUUUACACGUUCCGCAGUCAAUGGAGACUCGAGCAGAAGUAGAAAACAUUCAUGUAACACCGCGUCAAAUUAUUACUCCCCAAGCUAAUAAACCAGUCAUGGGUAUUGUACAGGACACGCUUACUGCUGUAAGAAAAAUGACUAAAAGAGACGUUUUCAUAGAAAAGGAACAGAUGAUGAAUAUCCUUAUGUUCUUACCCAGUUGGAAUGGCAAAAUGCCUCAGCCAUGCAUAUUAAAACCAAAGCCUCUAUGGACUGGUAAACAAAUCUUUUCCUUGAUCAUACCAGGCAACGUGAAUAUGAUAAGGACUCACAGUACACAUCCAGAUGAAGAAGACGAUGGCCCAUACAAAUGGAUUUCACCUGGUGAUACCAAAGUCAUGGUAGAACACGGAGAACUUGUUAUGGGUAUACUCUGUAAGAAGACCUUGGGUACAUCUGCUGGAUCUUUGCUUCACAUUUGUAUGUUGGAAUUAGGACAUGAAGUUUGCGGACGAUUUUACGGAAAUAUUCAAACUGUAAUUAAUAAUUGGUUACUACUAGAAGGUCACUCGAUCGGUAUUGGAGACACCAUUGCCGAUCCACAGACUUAUUUGGAAAUUCAAAAAGCCAUUAGGAAGGCUAAAGAAGACGUGAUAGAAGUGAUUCAAAAAGCUCACAACAUGGAAUUGGAACCUACUCCUGGUAAUACCUUGAGGCAAACUUUCGAAAAUCAAGUAAACAGAAUUUUAAACGACGCUCGUGAUAAGACUGGUGGUUCUGCUAAGAAAUCUUUGACUGAAUACAACAACCUAAAGGCUAUGGUAGUAUCAGGAUCAAAAGGAUCUAAUAUUAACAUCUCUCAGGUUAUUGCUUGUGUCGGUCAGCAAAACGUAGAAGGUAAACGUAUCCCGUUUGGUUUUCGUAAAAGAACAUUGCCACAUUUUAUUAAGGACGAUUAUGGUCCGGAAUCCAGAGGAUUCGUUGAAAACUCGUACCUUGCUGGUUUGACGCCAUCUGAGUUUUAUUUCCACGCUAUGGGAGGUCGUGAGGGUCUUAUCGAUACUGCCGUAAAAACUGCAGAAACUGGUUACAUUCAGCGUCGUUUGAUAAAAGCUAUGGAGUCUGUAAUGGUACAUUAUGAUGGUACAGUCAGAAACUCUGUGGGUCAACUUAUCCAAUUGCGUUAUGGCGAGGAUGGUCUAUGCGGUGAAACCGUUGAAUUUCAGAAUUUGCCUACUAUUAAAUUGAGUAAUAAAGCAUUUGAAAAGAAGUUCAAGUUCGAUCCAACCAAUGAACGAUAUCUUCGUCGUAUCUUUAACGAAGAUAUAGUUAGAGAAAUGAUGGGAUCUGGUGAAGUCAUAUCCGAACUAGAAAGAGAAUGGGAACAAUUGAACAAGGAUCGUGCUAUACUUAGAGAAAUUUUCCCUAGUGGAGAAUCAAAAGUUGUACUGCCUUGUAAUUUACAAAGAAUGAUUUGGAAUGUACAAAAGAUUUUUCAUAUAAAUAAGCGCGCACCUACUGAUCUUAGUCCUAUGAGGGUUAUACAGGGUGUAAAGGAUCUUUUGGAUAAAUGUAUCAUUGUGGCUGGUGAUGAUAGACUCAGCAAACAGGCUAAUGAAAAUGCCACAUUGCUAUUCCAGUGCUUAGUGAGAUCUACAUUGUGUACAAAAUGUGUUUCUGAAGAAUUUCGAUUAUCCAGUGAAGCCUUUGAAUGGCUUAUUGGAGAAAUUGAAACCAGAUUCCAACAAGCACAGGUAUCACCUGGAGAAAUGGUAGGCGCUUUAGCUGCACAGUCACUUGGUGAACCUGCAACCCAGAUGACACUGAACACUUUCCAUUUUGCUGGUGUAUCGUCGAAAAAUGUAACCCUUGGUGUACCUAGAUUGAAGGAAAUUAUAAACAUCAGUAAGAAACCAAAGGCUCCGUCGUUGACCGUAUUUUUGACGGGAGCUGCAGCAAGAGAUGCCGAGAAAGCAAAGAAUGUACUUUGUCGAUUGGAACACACCACACUGAGGAAAGUUACAGCAAAUACUGCGAUCUAUUACGAUCCAGAUCCACAAAAUACCGUAAUAGCGGAAGAUCAAGAAUUCGUCAACGUUUACUAUGAAAUGCCUGAUUUUGAUCCGAAUAAAAUAUCACCAUGGUUACUUCGAAUUGAGUUGGAUCGCAAGAGAAUGACUGAUAAGAAAUUAACUAUGGAACAAAUUGCAGAAAAAAUUAACGCAGGCUUCGGUGACGAUUUGAACUGUAUUUUUAACGAUGAUAACGCUGAGAAGUUAGUUCUACGUAUUAGGAUAAUGAACAGUGACGAUAACAAGUUUCAAGAUAGUGAGGAAGAGACUGUAGAUAAAAUGGAGGAUGAUAUGUUCCUUCGAUGUAUUGAAGCAAAUAUGCUUAGCGACAUGACAUUACAGGGUAUCGAAGCAAUAGGAAAAGUGUACAUGCAUUUGCCUCAAACUGAUGCUAAGAAACGUAUAGUUAUUACAGAAACUGGCGAAUUCAAAGCAAUAGCAGAAUGGUUAUUGGAAACGGACGGUACGAGUUUGAUGAAAGUAUUGAGUGAAAGAGAUGUCGAUCCAGUUAGAACAUUUAGCAACGAUAUUUGCGAGAUAUUUGAAGUACUGGGUAUAGAGGCAGUGAGGAAAUCGGUAGAGAAAGAAAUGAAUGCUGUUUUGCAAUUUUACGGCCUUUAUGUAAACUAUCGUCAUCUUGCUUUGCUUUGUGACGUAAUGACUGCUAAAGGACAUUUGAUGGCUAUAACUCGUCACGGAAUUAACAGACAAGACACAGGUGCUCUUAUGAGAUGUUCCUUCGAAGAAACAGUGGACGUUUUAUUAGAUGCAGCAUCUCAUGCGGAAGUAGAUCCAAUGAGAGGAGUAUCUGAAAACAUUAUUAUGGGACAACUUCCACGUAUAGGAACAGGAUGUUUUGAUUUGUUACUGGAUGCUGAGAAAUGUAAAGCUGGUAUUGAAAUACCAAUGGCAGUGGGUGCUGGUGUAAUGGGAACUGCUGGAAUGUUCUUCGGCAGUGUUGCUACCCCAAGCAUGAGUCCUCAAAUGACACCUUGGAUGGGCGCCACACCUGGUUAUGGCGCUUCAAGUAUGUCACCUGCAUUGGGUAGUGGCAUGACACCAGGAGGAGCAUGCUUCUCCCCAUCUGGAGCAUCAGAUGCAUCAGGACUAUCUCCUGCAUACUCUGCGUAUUCACCACAACCCGGAAGUCCAGGAAGCCCAGGUCCUAGUAUGAGUCCAUACCCAAUGUCACCAGCAGGUGGCGCUUCACCAAGUUAUUCACCUACCUCUCCCGCCUACUUGCCAACAUCGCCAAGUAUAACACCAUCGAGUCCCAACUAUUCACCUACAAGCCCUACUUAUUCACCCACUAGUCCAAAUUACUCGCCAACGAGUCCAAGUUAUUCACCAACGAGUCCGAGCUAUUCACCAACGUCACCAAGUUAUUCACCAACAAGUCCAAACUACUCGCCAUCACCAGGUUAUUCACCGACAAGUCCAAGUUACUCACCAACUAGUCCAAGUUAUUCACCAACAAGUCCGAGUUACUCGCCAACAAGUUCAAGCUAUUCACCGACGAGUCCAAGUUACUCUCCAACAAGUCCAAGCUAUUCACCAACGUCGCCAAGCUACUCACCGAGUCCAUCGUACUCGCCAACGUCACCAAGUUAUUCAUCAACCAGUCCAAGUUACUCACCAACCAGUCCAAGCUAUUCACCGAGUUCACCAAAUUAUACGCCUGCCUCGCCAUCUUAUUCUCCAACAAGUCCAAGUUAUUCGCCAAGUUCUCCACAAUAUUCAUCAGCUAGUCCAAGCUACUCUCCGAGUAGUCCAAAAUAUUCUCCGACAAGUCCGUCGUAUUCGCCUACGUCGCCGUCGUUCGCUGGAACCUCUCCACAGUACACACCAGCAAGUCCGACGUAUUCUCCAACGAGUCCAACCUAUUCUCCAACGAGUCCAUCAUACUCACCCAGUUCACCGCAACACACGGCGUCAGGAAGCACGAGAUAUUCGCCUAGCAGUCCAAAUUAUUCCCCUACUAGUCCAACAUAUUCGCCUACGAGUCCUCAAUAUUCACCGUCGAGUACUAAAUACUCGCCUACCAGCCCAACGUAUACACCAACCAGUCCAAGUUACUCACCAACAAGUCCAACAUAUUCGCCACCAGUGCCAGGGUAUUCGCCAACGAGUCCCACGUAUUCCCCGGCGUCACCAGCCUACGAAACAGACGAUUAAGAAGUAUUAUACUUAUCUGUAUGGCUUUUUGUUAUUACAUAUUUAAUGUGGGCUAGGUAUAAAUAUAAGUUAUAAUUAUCGAUUUUUAAUUCUCGAUUUUUUGACUUCAUAUUGUCUAAAUUUAACAAUUUUCUUAAUUAUGGCGUGGACAUCUACUAGAUCACAGGCCGAAGGAUAUUUUUGUUCGUUUUUAAAUGAGAAGGAACUUCGAAUCGUUCGUUUCGUUUGAAUGAGCACGAAGUAGUAAAGUAUUUCGUAUGAAGUGAGUAUAAAAUAAAAAGAGUCAGGAGAUAUCGAGCAAAUACAAGUCAUACGCUCGAUAAGAUGAAUCAAUGAAUUCGUUCGUACUUUUGAUGGAACAUAUGUAUAUAAUGAGGUCGUAGAAUUAUUCAAAUUUGAAAGUAUACGGAUUUCGAACAGCGAAGCAAAAAUGUUGGAAAACCUAAGUGAAGUUGAUGCUUGCAAGAAGCGUAAGUAAGAUGUCAAUUAGACCUAGCAUGUUCUUUGUUGCUGCAAAUCUUUAAUUUUUACCAAUAUAAUAACUAUUAUAGAACAGAAAGUGACUUAAGAUUAAAUUGUGUAAUUUUAAUGAAAGGCUAUAAGUAAAAAUUGUAAUGUCAAUUGUGAUCUGAAAUUCAAAAUGUUUGUAUUUUAGGGACGAUGAGAAUGCUUACAUCUGUCCGGGACAUUCGUGGUUCGAACUGUGACUACUUAAUGCUUCAAUUUAUGAUUUUACUAUAUCUUUUCCAUCAAAAGUAUGUCAAAUUUAUUGACAUUGUUCGAGAGAUAUUUUUUCUAUUAUAUAGCAUAUAUACGUGUCGAACGUGUUACAUACCUAUAAUUGAAUUUCAUAUCUAAAAUACGUAGAUCCCGACAGUUCAUAUUAUACUUUGCCAUCGCAUGACUGUACAUAGCUUCGAAGGAAGAAACGUUAACGCGUUGUGGGUCUUCCUUCGUUUCUAUAGUCGUGUGUAGGUAAACCAUUUGUGCUCAAUAGACUAUCAUGUUACGUCCUAGUACGGUACUCGUCACCGCGAAACGGAAAACCAGUUCGCGGUAUAUAUGCAUCGAUGUCGGACAGUGUGAGUCAUUCCUCAUCAUGAAUCGCGAGAAACAGCCGCUACUUUUUAAAGAUGCUAAUUCGGAUUUGUCGCUUCUGUUUGCCACAUUAUGUGUUAUCGACAUUUUUGGCGUUUUCCCAAUUAUCGCAUUACCGCGCUCAAUUGUGCAAUGCGGUAAGUUUCUCUGUCUCUAAAAUCUUUAUGCUUUUCCCUGUUCCUCUUAUUUUUUUUUCUUUUCCAUAUUUCACAAUCUAACUAGAACAUUGAGACAAGGAUUGUAAAUGUCCAGUAAAGAGAAUGUGAUCCUUUUCUUUUUCUUUUUCAAGUGGCAUUGUUGUUUGUGUGAAUAGCUUCUUUCCUUUUUUUUCAGUUAAAUUAUCAUUUUAGCAUUAAGUAAUUUUUCUGUUUGUAAUGUAUUUUUAAGUAUAUAUUAUCCAGAUCAACUAUAACUAUUUUGUAAAAUAUAUAUACAUAUGUAUUGAUAUACAAAUAUAACUGGAUUGUAUGUAUGAUAUAACUUGCAUAUUUGUUUCGUAGAACAUUUUAUUUAAAAUGGAGCGAUUUAUAUAAUUGAUUUAUUAUAUUCAUUAUUCAAUGACGAUUAUUAUAAGAGAAAUUUUUUAACGCGAGAUGUCGUGUAAGAAAAUUGGUCAUUUUAAAUAAAAAUAAAGUUGGUUUACUUGUUAA